AUGACUGCGCGAACUGACAAUGAAGAUGAACUAAAUAUUUGCGAUGAUAGCAAUGAGGAUACAGUUAGUGAUGAAGAACAUCCAGGUGACAAUCAUUUGAAUAACAAAAAAUCAUCAGAUAAUAGAUAUGAUCGACAUAAUAAAGAAAAUCGUCUUAACCUACUGUCUACCGAUUAUCAGUUUUUGCCUGAUAUUCAAUCUAAAACAUUUUUUAAUUUAAUUCCACCAAAUAUACAAUUUAGUUCUAUUGAUCAUUCAUCAUCACCUUCUUCUGUCUCAUCUUCAACAGCCACAACAUCAUUAAAUCAUCAAAAACGCCGAAAAUAUCCUUCAUCUACAACAACGAAAAAUAGUGCUUUAAAUCAAGACGAUUCGCAAGAUCUACGUUUGAAAAUUAAUAGUCGUGAACGAAAACGUAUGCAUGAUUUGAAUACUGCAUUGGAUAGUCUAAGGGAAGUUAUACCCUAUGCAAGAAAUCCAUCUGUACGAAAAUUAUCGAAAAUGGGCACAUUAUUAUUAGCGAGAAAUUAUAUUGUUAUGCUAACAAAAUCAUUAGAGGAUAUGAGGCAACAUUUAAACAGCGUCUAUCAACAACAGCAAGCACCACCAUCCCUACCAACAUCUUGUUCAAAAGCAUUAAUAAAUUUACCAUGUUUCUGUUCAAUUUGUUUAGCAAACGACGGUAAAUCAUUAAAAAAGAGAGAAAAAUCGACUAAACAGUUUGCUAAUACGGUAUGGACAACAGCGCCACAAUCAACACCAGUAUUUUCGUCUACUCCAUCAUUUCAACAUCUCUUUACAUCCACAACAGCUUUUACAGGUUUAAAUUUAUAUAAAUCAUUGGAAACUUCAUCAACACGCACAAAAAUGAAAACUACAGGAAAAUAG